AUGCCUGGCUCCACCGCGGGGAUUCAACUCUCCUCCUUCCCGACGAGCACAUUGCCUGGCAACCUGGGCUGCUUCAAAGACAGCGGCGAUCCUCUGACCCUAACGGGCAGCAGCGAGACGUCCAACAAGCUGACCAUCCAGACCUGCAUCAGCCUGUGCAGGAAGCAGAGAUACAAGCUGGCCGGUAUGGAGUCGGGCUACGCGUGUUUCUGCGGCAACGACGUGGACCGCCAGCAUCACGAGGAGGCGCCGAGCACCGAGUGCAACCACGUGUGUUUUGGUGACCACACACAGCCGUGCGGUGGGGACGGCCGCGUCAUCAUCUUCGACACCCGCAUUGGAGCCUGUGGGGGGAACUACUCUUCUCCCGGCUCCGUCAUCUACUCUCCCGACUUCCCAGACAAGUACGGGGCGAGCCGAGUCUGCUACUGGACCGUGCAAGUGCCGGGGGCGGCCGCCAUCCUCUUCAACUUCACCUUCUUCGACAUCGUGGACCAGAAGGACAUGGUGGAGCUUCUGGAUGGAUACACCAAUCAGGUGGUGGCUCGCUUUGACGGACGCAACCCGCCGCGAACCCCCAUCAAUGUCACAACGGACUUUGUCAUCCUGUACUUUUACUCGGACAGAAUCAACCAAGCUCAAGGUUUUGCUGUGCUCUAUGAAGCUUUGAAGGGCCAGAGCCCCAAGCCUGUGGAUGACGAGGAGGAGGAGGAGGAGGAGGAUGAGGACACUGAGGAAGAGGACACCAGUACGGUGGACCCCAACUCCGCCGGCGGCAUCACGGAGAAGUCCAACACCAGCGGCGGCGACGGCGGCAAGUCCUCCCAGAUCCUCUACGUCAUCACGUCCAGUCCUGGGAAGCCGGAGCACAGCAUGCCAGUGUGGACAAUCUACGCACUGGCAGCACUGCUCACGUUGACAGUCAUCGCCAUGGUAGCGAAGCUGCUGCUGCACAUCACGGUCAAGUCCUCGGCCCUUCCCUCCAUCCGGAGUGGCGAGCACAUGCAGCCGUGUAACCAGAACGCGGCGUCGGAGCCCUGGAUCAUCUUCUACCGGCCCUCCACCAUCUCGCUCUUCAAGAAGAAGCUCAAGAACCACCACGGAGACCUCAGCCCACUGGUGGGCAACUAGGAGGCCAAGAGGGAGACAGAGGACGACAGAGACGGACAGACAGACAGACAAAACAGACAGACGGAGUCACGGGCAGACUGUGCAGUUCUACUCCCCCUCCUCCUCCUCUUCCGCCCCCCUCCUUCCCCCUCCUUCCUCCUCCUCCUCUUCCUCCUCCCAAACACACACACACACACACAGGGUGACCGAGUGCUGUGCUCGCCUGCUGGUCGCCCUGCCUCAGGGACUAACAGGAGAAGAAGCGUGCUGAAAGCUAACUAGCUAACUCGCUGACUCGCUAACCGACUGACCUACAGUAAAACACAAUUGCUACUGUCAAAGGGACCAGCAUAUAUAUAAAUAUAUAUAUAUUUUAAAAAAACACAAGCAUGAAG